AUGAAGCAACCAUCGACGGCGCUCUCCUCCUCCCUCCCCCGGGGAUGCUCGCUGAUUCGGUAUGCUUUGGUGCUGUGUUUUGUUGUGCUGAGUUUCUAUCUAAUUUUGCCUUGCGAGGGGAAGGAUUGCUCUCGCGGCGAUGCCGGCGGUUGCGGCUCGCUGCUCUGUUUCGGGCUCAGGGAUGCGUGCGCCGACCCUCUUUCCUUUUGCUUCCCCUCCACCCAAUUGGGUUUUCUUGCCCAAGAGGAUGUUGACCCAAAACCCAAUUCAGAAGUUUCCAAAGAAUCAUCUCGGACGGGGGAGAUCAUUGCGGAACGGCUCCCGAGUCGUUCGACGGCCUUUGAGAUGUCCAACGGAGGCAUUGUUACGUGCUCUUCCAUUGGUCCUGUGAGAAGGUUGCCCGAUGGUUUGAGUUCGAACAGAGGGAACGUCGGUGAGGCUCAACUCAGUGGUUCUUCUUCGCUGAAUGUGGAGAUAAGUCCACCUUUGUUGGACUGGGGAGCUAAUAGUUUGUAUUCUGCUUCUUUGGCAUUCCUAACUGUUGCAAACAAGAACAAUGAUAGUGUUUUGCUAGUGUAUGAGCCGUUCAGUACCGACCCACAGUUUUACGCAUUGGGUGCUGAGGAACUGUCAUUAAGUCCUGGAGAAUCUGCUUCUGUUGUGUUUGUUUUCCUGCCGAGAUGGUUAGGCUCAUCAUCCGCGCAUAUCAUAUUGCAAACGAACUUUGGGGGAUUCGUUAUUCAGGCUAAAGGAGUAGCCGCUGAGUCCCCUUACAAGAUAGAGCCUUUAGUUGGGUUGGACAUCUCUGUUAAUGAAGCUAUAAGCAAGAAUUUGUCUAUAUUUAACCCUUUUGAUGACGCCCUCUAUGUCGAGGAAGUGACUAUGUGGAUGUCUGCUUCUGAAAGUGCUAACCAAUCUGCUCAAGUUGUUUGUGGUUUAGAUGGAUUUAACCUGGAAGGUGCAUUGGGUUCUUAUAUUGAUAAAAAAGAGUGGUAUAGUAUGAAUAGCGACGAGUUUAGACUGCCAAGGGUGGAUAUUAGGCCACAUAGGCAAUGGGAAGUUCCCCCUCAGAACACUAAAGCCAUUGCGGAGAUUAACUUGUUGCCUUAUCUGGAAGGAAAUGUUUUCGGAGCUAUCUGCAUGAAAUUGCGCAAUUUAACAACUGAUAGAAUAAAUUCAAUUGUUAUUCCUCUUGAGCUCGAAGUGCGUGGAAGGGCAGCUUACAGUGAUUUAACUGGGUCUCUUUUGGUUUCUUUCGAGUCCCGUGCAGCGUGUGAGGAAAAAGGAUCAAUUUUUUCCCUCUUUUUAAGAAAUGAUGCAUCACAGUUAGUAAGCAUCUUAAGCAUUGAAGAAGUAACAGAAAGUUCAAAGGUUUUCCAGAUUAAAUACAUUAAAGGAUUGAUACUUUUUCCUAGGAGUGUGACACAAAUAGCUCUGAUAGGAUAUUCUUUCCCAACAAGUGCACGGAGCAUUAUUCAUGACACCACAAACUUGAAUUGCAACCUAGUAGUAGAGACAAAUAGUUCUGUCAGUCCAAUCAUUAAGAUUCCCUGCCAAGAUUUUUUUCAUGCCUGUUUAAAGUAUCAAGCUAGCACAGGUAUUGUUGAAUCUGAUGGCUCGUAUGUUGGAUUGACGUUGAUACAAAAGGAAGAAACGUCUGCAAAUUCAAGAACAGGAUCUUUGGGGAGCAUAAUGGAAGAUUCACUUAAGAUGAAGCCAAAACUCCUGAAAGCAUCUGAAGCAGAUGAUCUAAUACUUGGAAACUGGAGAUCUCAUGGUACGAUGGCUGUGAUAUCUGUUCUCAAGGAUCAGGAAGUAUCAUUUCCUGUUGUUCAAAUUGGGUCCCGAUUUUCCAAAUGGAUCACUGUGCAUAACCCGAGUGAAAAACCUGCUCUAAUGCAACUCGUGAUGAAUUCAGAAGAAAUCAUAAGCGACUGCAAAUCCGCUGAGGACUUAUCUGACCUUACAUUCUCAAGUCGAUCUCCUGAGAUUAAUUCCAUUGAAACCAGAUUCGGAUUCUCAUUAGCUGAUUCAGCAAUAACAGAGGCCUUUGUACACCCUUUUGGGAAGGCUUUGUUAGGUCCGAUAGUCUUUCACCCUUCUAAUUGGUGCAUGUGGUCUAGCUCAGCUUUGAUCAGAAACAACUUAUCAGGCUUAGAGUGGCUCCCUCUUCGAGCAUUUGGUGGUUCCCAUUCUCUUGUUCUUCUUGACGGACCUGAACCAGUUUGGAAGCUCGAAUUCAACCUCGACUUGCCGAUCAAUCGCAAUUUAUCGUCUUCGCCCCUAGUGGAGAAUGCUAAGCUUUCCUGUAAUAAGCAGGUAAUGAAGGAGAUAUAUGCAAAAAAUACAGGUGAGCUUCCUCUUGAGGUUAAAAAGGUGAAAGUUUCAGGAACUGAUUGCGGUUCAGAUGGGUUUAUGUUACAUUUUUGCGAGGGUUUUGCUUUAGCACCAGGAGAAUCAGCACGACUCUUAUUAUCUUAUCAAACAGACUUCUCUGCAGCUAUAGUUCACAGGGAUCUCGAGUUGGCCAUGGCUAGUGGCAUUUUUGUGAUUCCCAUGAAGGCCAGUGUCUCAGUAAAUAUGCUUACUCUGUGUAGGAAAUCGUUCUUCCGAACAGUGAAUUGGGGUGUGUCCGUCCUUGUCUUUGUUGCUGCUUCUACACUUAUAUUGGUCUUCAUUCGCAUUAUACCCCAUUAUUUUCUGGUGGGUACUAAUGACUGUUAUCUAAAGGUUGAAACCAGUGAAAAUCCCUUGAACAAGAGUGAGAAACCUUCUUUUCUUUCCCAUAGCACCAAAACUACCAGGUCACCAAGAGCACAGAAGAAACCUGAGGCAGGUUUUGUCAACAGGUAUCCUGUGACUCAACAUGGUGUUCUUGAUAGCCCUAAGAGAACAGAGGAAAUUCACAGCUAUGAUCAUCAAAAGAAAAGUACCACACUCUCACCAACAACAUCAUCAGAUAAGACCAAUGAAGACCCCGGACUGAUUGAAGCACCGCAAACCAAUAAUCUCACUAUUAAGGUUGUUAAAGAGAAAGGGCGACGAAGGAAGAGAAAGGCGUAUGGGGUAGGAUGGGCUGCGAAGUUUGAAGUUUCAAGUAGUCAUAGCGGGAAUUCGACUCCAUCUUCGCCUUUGUCUCCGAGCUCUUCUACUCCUAAACAAGGAUGGCCUAUAUCCCCUGAAACUACUGUAGAGUCUCCCUUUGCGAGAGAACCUGAAGAACCGAAGUAUCAGAAGAAAGAUAGUUCUGAAAACACUGGUGAAGCGAAAGUAGCAGCAGCUGAGAAGCGCUUUGAGAAUAAGCGUACACCUUGCCCUAGAGAGCAGCCUUCUACUACUCCAAAAUCAGCAGGGAAAGCUCCUAUAUUGCCUUCUCCCACUUUCUUGGCCCCAUCUUCUCCUAUUGCACCGCAUGCUCGCGCUCCUGGAUCAAAGCUCAUGAAGGAAAAUGCCGCAAAAGCACCAGAAAAUGAUGUUGCGGAGAAGAAGUUUGUCUAUGACAUCUGGGGGGAUCAUUUCACUGGCCAUUUACUGGGUAAGCCAAAGGAGGUGUUGCGGGAGGCUGUUGAUGCUUCGGAAGGUGAUUCUCAGAGCUUCUUCGCGAGAGAGCCUCAGUCCCUAAUGACGAUGCCAUCACCACAGCUUGUAACUUCUACUCCCAGUCAUGAAAUGGCCCCGUAUGAUGUGACAUGCCUUUAUCAAAUGAAUUAGAAAAAAUCAGAUAGUUUUAAUAUGUGCCCCGUGUUCUAUUUGGUUUUCCUCUAAUCAAUCCUCUCUCCGUAAUCUUAAGAUAGGACAAACAAAGGAAAUAGAGCUAUCACUUUUUGACACUGUCACUGUUAACUUGA